UGGACCAUGGGCGACACGGCUGAAACUACUUCCUCUCCUCUGCUGCAGGUUCUCCAGCAGACCCGGAAUGUUACCCUUUCCGAGGCAGACACACACGGGCUUCAUCCCCAGGGCAAUGUUCUGACCCAACUGGGGGAAGUCAUCGAGUUGCUCAAAGCACAAAACCUCCCCCGGGAAGCCAAUGCCCUGUCCGACGUGCUCGUCAUCAGCCGCCAGCCCACCGAGCUGGGAGGCUUGGGACUGACCGAAACCGACCGCCUGACUUCCGCGCAAGAGGCUGAAAUUACCUUCCUUGUGGUCGCAUGGCUCGAGUCGCUGAAUUCGAGCGAUCGCGCCCGGGCCCCGCCCAUUCCCCUCGCGGUCCGACCCCCCGGGCGACGUGGCAUGACCUUGAGUGAGAAGAUCUUUGCGCUGCAUGAUAUUGACCGACGGGGCUCCGUUGCCCCCGGAGACUUAAUCCGAGUCGACGUUGAUUGGGUCAUUGCUUCCGAGGCAUCCUGGGCGGGCAUGGAGCGCACAUAUGAUACCCUCGGGAGGCCAGGCAUCUACCGGAAUGACCGUUUCUGGCUGGCGGGAGAUCAUAUCGUAGACCCGCGAGUCAAUGAACAUCCGAAAGUCCAGGCCUUGAUCGACGCCAGCGAGCGGGCCAAGCGGGUCUUUAAGAUGACCGACUACCAGGGAAUGAACUAUACCAUCCUUCACACCGAGUUCUACCGCGAACGAGCACAGCCCGGCAUGGUGGUGGUGGGCUCGGAUUCCCACACUUGCUCCUCGGGGGCAUUGGGCUGUUUGGCCAUCGGGUUGGGCGCAGCCGAUGUGACACUGCCACUGGUGACCGGCGAGACCUGGUUUAAAAUCCCGGAAUCAGUCAACAUUCGUCUCGUUGGCGCCCCCAAGCCUGGGAUUGGAGGCAAAGACACGAUCCUGUACAUCCUGCAACAGUUGAAGCGGAACACCGUAGCCGCCGAGCGGAUCGUCGAAUUCACCGGGCCCGGUGUCAAGCAUCUCUCCUGUGAUGCUCGAUUCGCCAUUAGCAACAUGACUACGGAGUUUGGCGGCAUCACGGGUGUUUUUGUGGCCGACCACAUCACCAAAGAGUUUGUCGAGAAGCGACGCCUGCCCCGGAACAAAGCCGCCAGCAUCUACUUUAAGCCCGAUGACGACGCCGAAUAUGCCGAAACCCACGAGAUUGACCUCGGACAGGUCCGGUCAUUCCUGGCCAAAUACCCCAACCCGGACGACGUGGUCCCCGUCACUGAGCAGGAGGGCAUGCACCUGGAUGGGUGCUUUAUCGGUGCCUGCACCACGGCAGAAGAGGACCUCAUCCUCGGGGCUCUCGUGCUGGAACAAGGGCUCCAACGCGGCCUCAAGCCGGUUCCUCAGGGAAAACGAAAGGUGGUGCCGGGCUCGGUGCCAAUUUUGCGCCGGCUCCGUGAGCUGGGACUGACACAGAUCUACGAGGAUGCUGGCUUUGAGAUUGGGAUUCCGGGAUGCAGCUACUGCGUUGGGAUGUCAGCAGACAAAGCCGCCCCAGGAGAGGUCUGGAUCUCGUCGCAGAACCGCAACUUUGAGAAUCGGAUGGGACAGGGAUCCAUCGGAAAUCUGGCAUCCGCUGCCACCGUCGCUGCAUCGUCCUUUGAGAUGAAGCUACGCGAUCCACAUGAAUUCCUCGAUGCCAUCGACCUGGGCCGGUGGCAUAGCCUUCGUGGCAUUUCCGUGUCCGCCACCGAGCCCGCGGAGGAGAGCCUAACCUACGUCGAGCCCAGCGGGUCCGAUGCCGUGGACACCAACACCAGCCAGCCAGACCCCAAGACAUCCGAAGCAGGAGCUCCAGAGACGGAAGCCCCACAGGCAGAAACAUCCGAGUCGCAGGACGGCUCCUCAGAUAUCCUGACCGGCAAGGUGCAACGACUAGGUGACUUUAUCGACACCGACGCCUUGGCCCCCGCCGAAGCACUCAUUAACAUGAAAACGAACGAGAUCGCCGGUGAACACUGUCUCCAGCACACCAACCCCGAGUUCCGACAGCGAGUGAAAGAUGGCUUCAACAUUGUGGUGGCAGGCAAGGCGUUUGGGUGUGGAUCGUCGCGUGAACAAGCGGUCAUGGCUCUUCUCGGCUGCGGUGUCCAAUGCGUGAUCGCCAAAUCCUUCGCCUUCAUCUUCCAGCGGAACAUGCCCAGCCUGGGCCUCCUGGGGAUCACCUUAACCGACGAGGAAUUUUACGCCGCAGCCGCAGAGGGCAGCGAGAUCUCCAUCGAUUUCAAGGCUAAGGUGAUUGACGUGGACGGACGCAAAUUCGGCUUCCAACUGAGCCAGAUGGAGAAGGAGCUGUUCCAGUACGGCGGGAUUGCGUCGGCGUUCCGGAAGUUUGGCAACCGGUUGUUCGAGCAGAUGACCCGGCCGAAGAAUCUGGGUCCGGCGAAGACGCUGGCGUCGCGUCGCGGGGAGAGUGCCGGGCCGCAUGCGGGCUUGCAGUGGUAGGACUUUCGAGCAGCGAGUUUAUUUGAGAAGCGUUCAUCUUACGACCUUUCACGUAUGAGAACAGUCUCGUCUGAUUUGUUCCCCUCGUGCGUCCGAGUAGGAAAGAUUCGAUCUUCCCAUAUGUACAUCCAUCAAAUAUAACAUUAGCAUCCCCCCGGCGC